UCCACGAGCAGCAGUGGGCCGUCAGUGUCAGACCCCACGUACUCACUGCCUCGCUAUAGACGCCUGACAACUUUAAGCCGUUGUAAUUUUCAUUCUUACCAUGAUUGCGAUUCCAGUAUUUACACUGGAUGCCUUCACUAAUUUACCGUUCAAGGGAAACCCUGCGGCAAUAUGUCCACUCGUACAUGAGCUGACUGAUGAUUUGUAUCAGAAGAUCGCAGCAGAGAUGAACCUGUCAGAAACAGCUUUCAUCACCAGGAUCAACCCCUCUGACAGUUUUACUACAGGAUCAAGGUUCCGCCUCCGAUGGUUUACACCAACCACUGAAGUGAACCUGUGUGGUCAUGCUACUCUGGCCUCUGCAGCAGUGCUGUUCCAGUAUAAGAAGAACGUGAAUCCCGUACUAGUGUUUGAGACCAGGAGUGGAGACCUGACUGUCACCCAGCGGGGGGAAGGCUACGUCAUGGACUUCCCUCUUAACCUACCCACACAGGAGAAUCCCAGCGAGUUCAGAGACAUCAUCAAGGCAGCAGUUGGAAACCACCCAGUUGAGGAGGUUUAUCUGAGCUCCAACACUAAGAAACUGCUGGUUCGACUGGAUGACAGCUGUGACAGCUCAGUGCUAACCAGUUUGAAAGUUGACCCCAUCGCUCUUCAGCGCAGUGAGAGGAGUGGGAGAGUCACAGGACUGAUCCUUACCAUGAAAGGGUCUCCAGACUGUCAGCCAGGAUAUGACUUCUACUCCAGAUACUUUGCUCCAUGGAAUGGUAUCCCAGAGGAUCCUGUCACUGGUUCUGCCCACACCGUCCUAGCUGCCUACUGGUCAGAGAAACUAGGAAAGAAAAAAAUGCUGGCUUACCAGUGCUCCAGCCGAGGCGGGGAGCUGGAACUGGAAGUGAGAGAUGACGGACGAGUCAACAUAGCUGGACAGGCCGUCACUGUGCUGCAGGGAACAAUCACAGUGUAGUCACAGGCCGAUGCAAGCAAAGAGGGUUUGAGAAGCU